AUGUCAAAGUUAGAACAGCAAACACCAUCAUAUAAGAAUAUAUUACCAAACACAUAUGUGCCGUACCUUGGACAUAAAGUUUUAUAUAAUAUUUUGGAUAGGCUAUCCAAAAACUCUAUACUUCAAUUUAUCAUCUUAUGGACCAAGCUCAAGAACACACAACCAAAACCACCUUCAAAGUACACUCAGCAUGGUUUCAACAAAAAAAUUACCAAGGAAGUGAGUGAGUUUAGAAAAUUAAUUAAUCGUACUCCGAAACGUAAACUCAUCGACAAGAUAAUCUUUGAAUACUGGACCCAAGGAUUGAAUCUACUACAAAUAUCUCAAAUCGACUGCCAACUUAUUGUGGACAAAUCAAAUAGUGCUCAAUCAUGGAUUUAUUCAACUGUAAAGGAUAUGCAUGACAAGAUAGUGCCGAUCUCAAUCAACCCUAGAGAGUUUUUAAAUAAUUUGGUGAAAAAUUUGUCAUCAUUGUACUUGUCAUACAUUUAUAUAUGCAAACAUCCAAAACUACCGAUAAUCUUGAUUAGGAUCCAAGUGUUUGAUUUAAAUGGAAUGGAUAUUACCGAAAAACCACAUAUUAUAUCUCACAAGGCAUAUUUUUUUGGGAUUUUUGUCAAUUCGCCUCAUGUUGUGCAUUCAAUUAACAAUGAUGCUAUGGUACACGGAAUUGUUAUGGAAGCAUUUGAACGGAGUUUACCACAGAGUAAAAAUAACUUGCUUAAAUUAAUAACUCCAGAGAACCAAUUCCCUGUGAAAUCCAUUCAAUCAAUGCAUAUUUUGAAAGGAUGCAAUCGAUCUGGAAAUAGUUUAGGUAUUUGGACUCCCUAUGCUGAUGGUACUGUGGACAUGUUACCACUUGGAGCAAUUGAGGAUCAUCAAGUAUUUAAAAGCGAAGCAGAGAUUGACGAGGAGACUAAUGAAACAGAAGAUGUGGAUAAUCUAAAGCUUCAACGAUUGAAGAAAAUUGCAAAUCUACGCUUUAAAGGGUCACUUACAGGUAAUAAACAAUCCAGCAAUGAGGAACCAAAUCACCACCAGCAACAACAACAACCAGAACAGGACUCUAACCUUGACCAAACUGAAAGAGAAGGACAAACCAACGAUACAGAGUUUGAUUCUAUUGCUCCAAUUCAAUACGCCGAAUUUAUUCUUAAAGAAAAAACUACAGCUACUAGAACUGAAAAAAGUAUCGGUGAUGAUGGAAGAACUAACAUUAAGUUUAAAAUAACAGGGUCAGAUGUGUUUGGAGGUUUGCAUGAACUCUCUGUGAAAUCAACAGAACCAGAAGAAAUAAUAUUAAAUCCAGAAGAAGUCCCCAAUUGGCUAACAGGUGAAGAAGGUGCUUCAAUUGGGGAAAUCAGAAAUGGGAAUUUUUAUAACAAAAUCAAUGGAUGA